AAAAAAAAAUCACGAAGUCUUUUAACUAUUAUCCCACUCCCACCGGACAAGACAGCCAUCCAUGAUGUCAUAUGACAUGUAUUAGAACAAGUUCCACCGUCCGUGUCCUUUAAGAACUACGGUCGUCAAAGAAAAAAUCCUCUUUAUAAAUACAUGCCCCUGUCUGCCCGAGCUUCAAAGCAAGCACUUUAGGUUCUUUCUUUCUUUCUGCCAAUCAAUUUCUUUUGAGGUAUCUAAGGCUGGUAGACAGGUUAAGAUUAGAUUGGAUUGAUGGGUUUUCAUCAAACCUCUUCAAUUUCUUUCUCAGCUACAAAAUGGCUAGGCUUUGUGACUGCCGUUUGGGUCCAAGCUAUUUCAGGCAACAACUACACCUUCUCAAACUAUUCUGAUGCACUUAAAUCUCUAAUGAACUUGACCCAACUUGAACUCAACAAUUUAUCUGUUGCUAAAGAUGUUGGCAAGGCCUUCGGUUUGCUUGCUGGUCUUGCUUCUGAUCGUUUGCCUACUCCUGUUAUUCUUCUUAUUGGUUCAAUUGAAGGUCUUAUUGGUUAUGGUACUCAAUGGCUUGUCGUUAGUGGGAGAAUUCAACCUCUCCCUUAUUGGCAGAUGUGCAUCUUCCUAUGUCUAGGAGGAAACAGCACUACAUGGAUGAACACGGCGGGUUUAGUAACCUGCCUCCGCAACUUCCGCCGCAACCGUGGCCCUGUCUCUGGAAUCUUGAAGGGCUAUGUUGGUCUAAGCACUGCUAUAUUCACCGACCUGUGUGCAGCUCUAUUUGCAGAUGACCCUGCAAAGUUUCUCAUAAUGCUUUCCGUCAUCCCCUUUGCUGUCUGUCUCACCGCCAUCGUUUUCCUCAGAGAAAACCCACCUGCCGCUACUAUAGAGGAAGAAAAAGAAGAAAGCAAAUACUUCAAUAUCUUCAACGCUGUUGCUGUUAUUGUGGCUGUUUAUUUAAUGGCUUACGGUUUUAUUCCAAAUCCUAGCCAUGCUAUUUCAUUGGCGUUCUCGGUUAUAUUGCUCGUUCUUUUAGCUUCUCCAUUAGCAGCUCCAGUUCAUGCUUUUAUUAAAAGCUGGACUUUGAACCGGUUCAAGAACCAAGCGGAUGUUGAAAGGCAAAUUCAAGAACCUUUAUUGAUAGAAAAGAAAACCCAGGAGGAGAUUCAAGAAAAAACCGCUGAAGAGUCUGCUUCAGCAGUGGUGGAGCAACCGCACGCUUUAGAGGAGGAGAAGGCAGCUGUGGAGGUAAAGAGGAGGCCGGUGAUUGGAGAGGAUCAUACACUUUUUGAGGCAAUGUGGACCGUUGAUUUUUGGAUUCUGUUCUUGUCUUUCCUUUGUGGGGUUGGCACAGGCUUGGCUGUGAUGAACAAUAUGGGACAGAUUGGCUUGGCUCUCGGAUAUGCUGACGUUUCUCUUUUCAUUUCCUUGACAAGUAUUUGGGGAUUCUUUGGAAGGAUUGUUUCUGGCUCGGUGUCUGAGUACUACAUCAAGUAAGUUUCUUGAUCCCUGGUUUAUUUUCUUAGAAGUUGAGUUAAUUGGCAUUUUCUCUCCAUAAUUUCUCUAUUAGUUGACUUUUAUAAGCCCUCUUGCAAUUUAGAAAUUCGAAUCCUUAUUUUUGGAUGUGUGCUUUACCCUUUUUUUAUAAAAAAAAAAAAAAAGCAUUAAGCACCACGUUGGUGCCCGCAUUUUCCACACCCGGUUGCUUUCCUUUUCCGUUCUGUUUUUCUUUUUCCUUCGAACAAUGAGAUAUCUUUACUUCUUGGAAUGGGCUGUGCCUGCUAAAACACGGCUGCUUGUUUCUUUUCUUGGAUAUAUUUUUUAUUAAUUGAUUCAAAAGUCCCCAUUUU